AUGGGGCAAAAACGUGGAGUGAAAACGACCAGGACUUUAUUUCAUGCCGCAAUUCUACUUCUACUCGUGGUUGCAGCAGUAACAGCUGACUUUACGGACAUUAAUCAGGAUGCAGAGGAGGAACCACAACUAAAGUCUUACACAGAGGGACAGUCAGAGGAGGAGGAUCUGCGUGUGAGCUCCUCUGAAGGGACAGUGGAGGCAGAGUCCCCCCCAGAACAGGAGACUCUGAGGGGGGAGGAGAAGGAGGACCUACCCAUGCAACCUCCACCUGUCCAAGAGAAGCCCAGAGAGAUCCCGGUGGUGAAUGGAGGCACCGCUCACGGGGAGUUCUGCCUCUUCCCCUUCUACUUCCAGGGAUCAGAGUAUUCAGACUGCACCACAGACGGACGAGGAGACGGGCGACUCUGGUGCUCCACAACCUACAACUACGACCAGGACAAGAUGUGGGGCUUCUGUGAGACGGAGGAGCAGGUGCAGCAGCGACUAGAGGCGGAGGAGUCGGAGGAGCAGUAUCAAACCGUGGUCCGGAUGCUGAACGCCACGAGCCGCAAGUCCCAAAAGAGAGAGCUGUAUGAGCGGCUGGUGGAGCUGGCGGAGAAGGGCCAUCACAAAGCCAUGGAGAAGGUGGCCUACGCGCUGCUGGUGGGAGACUUCAUGAACCAGAACGUGUCCAAGGCCAAAGAGAUGUUUGAGACGCUGGCCGUGGAGGGCUCCCCCAAAGCUCAGACGGCGCUGGGAUUCCUUUACGCGGCUGGACUGGGAGUGAACUCGAGCCAGGCCAAAGCUCUGGUCUACUACACGUUCGGAGCGCUCGGGGGAAACAUGGUAGCCCACAUGAUUCUGGGUUACAGAUACUGGGGGGGUGUGGGGGUCCCUCAGAGCUGUGAGUCUGCGCUGACUCACUACAGACUCGUCGCCAAUCUUGUGGCCAAUGACGUGACUCUGACCGGCGGCUCCGCGGUGCAGAGGGUGCGGCUGCUGGACGAGGUGGAGAGUCCCGGCUCGUCCAGUGGGAUGCUGGAGGAGGACCUGAUCCAGUACUACCAGUUCCUCGCAGAGAAGGGAGACGUGCAGGCUCAGGUUGGUCUGGGUCAACUGCAUCUACAUGGAGGACGUGGUGUGGAGCAAAACCAUCAGAGGGCCUUUGACUACUUCACUCAAGCUGCUAAUGCGGGAAACACGCACGCUAUGGCUUUCCUCGGGAAGAUGUACUCAGAGGGCAGCGACUCCAUCCCCCAGAACAACGAGACGGCUCUGCAUUAUUUCAAGAAGGCUUCAGACCUGGGAAACCCAGUUGGACAGAGUGGCCUGGGGAUGGCUUAUCUGUACGGUAGAGGAGUACCAGUGAACUAUGAGCUGGCGUUGAAGUACUUCCAGAAGGCGGCGGAGCAGGGCUGGGUGGACGGACAGCUGCAGCUCGGCACCAUGUACUACAAUGGCAUCGGUGUGAAGCGUGACUACAAACAGGCGCUAAAGUUUUUCAACCUGGCGUCACAGGCGGGACACAUCCUGGCCUUUUACAACCUCGCACAGAUGCACGCCACGGGGACGGGCGUCAUGCGCUCGUGUCACACCGCUGUGGAGCUGUUUAAGAGCGUGUGUGAGCGCGGGCGCUGGUCGGAGCGCCUCAUGGCGGCCUACAGCAGCUUUAAAGAAGGACACGUGGACGCUGCGCUGGUGCAGUAUCUGCUGCUGGCCGAGCAGGGAUAUGAAGUUGCCCAGAGCAACGUGGCUUUCAUCCUGGACCAGAAAGGAGUAAAGAUCUUCAGUGAGAAUGAGACGUAUCCACGAGCAUUACUGCACUGGACUAGAGCCGCUGCACAAGGGUACACCGUGGCAAGGAUAAAGCUAGGCGACUAUCACUUCUACGGUUACGGAACUGAUGUGGACUAUGAGACGGCAGUGAUCCACUACAGACUGGCCUCCGAGCAGCAGCACAGCGCACAGGCCAUGUUCAACCUGGGAUACAUGCAUGAGAAGGGUCUGGGCAUCAAACAGGACAUCCAUCUGGCAAAGCGUUUCUACGACAUGGCGGCGGAGGCCAGUCCUGACGCCCAGGUGCCAGUGUUCCUCGCUCUGUGUAAACUGGGGCUGGUCUACACGCUGCAAUAUCUACAGGACCUCAACCUGAAUGAGCUGGUGUCUCAGGUGGAUCUGGAUCAACUCUUGGGACCGGAAUGGGAUCUGUACCUCAUGACGGUCAUCGCUCUGCUACUCGGCACGGUCAUCGCCUAUCGCCAACGGCAACACCAGAUUAUCCUGGCUCCGCCCAACCAGGAAGCCCCCGCUCAACCACAGCAACAGCCCCCACAGCAGCCGGACCCUCAGUGA